GUGAAGGCGAUGGAGAUCAUUCUGAUGCCUUUCCUUGUGUUCUUUCUCCUGCAAGGAGCAGUUCCUGUUCAUGGUCAAACAGGGGAUAGAGUGACUCCCGGCAGCAGUCCCAUUGUGGAUGGCCGCAGCUUAGUCUCGGCCGGAGGAAUCUUCGAGCUCAGCUUCUUCGCUCCUGGUGACGCAAAUAAGCGCUUCCUGGGGAUACGGUUCAAGAACAUCGAAGAGAAGACCGUGGUCUGGAUCGCCAACAGGGACGCCCCUCUGGAAGACGACCAUGGCGCCCUCAAUCUGACGGAUGAUGGAAAUCUAUCACUACUCAGCGGCACUGGUGUCGUUCUGUGGUCUACCAACACGUCGAACGCCAUCGGUCCUGUUCUGCAGCUCUUGGACUCCGGCAAUCUCGUGUUGACCGGAGGAGCCUCCAACAACACACUAUGGCAGAGCUUCGAUCAUCCCACUGACACGAUCCUGGCCGGCAUGAACAUAGGAUUCGACUACAGCAGAAACCUCGACAUGUACCUAACGUCGUGGAAGAGUGACUCCGAUCCUUCUCCGGGGGAGUACACUUACAAGAUGGAGACUCGAGGAGUCGCACAGCUCGUCUUGUGGAAGGGGAGUACGGAGAUGUACCGCAGCGGGCCGUGGACAGGGAAGGGAUUCAGCGGCCGGCCGAACAUGUCGCCGAACGGCUUGUUCAACUUCCAGUACACUGACAACCAGUCUGGGCUGUACUACGCCUUCCAAGUCCUCAAUGCUACCGUUCUUGGGCGAGCCACUUUGGAUCACAACGGGAAGUUUCAGCGCUUCAUGUGGACGGAGGGGAGCAGCGACUGGAGCCUCUUCUGGGAGGUCCCCGACGGCCAAUGCGACCAGUACGCCUCAUGCGGAAUCAACGGCAUCUGCACCAUGCUCUACUCUUCUAGUUGCAAUUGUUUGGAGGGGUUCGUUCCCAAGUCGCCCGCGGAAUGGAGCCUGAGGCAGUACUCUGAUGGCUGCGUGAGGGGAACGCCCUUAAACUGUUCGACGGAUGGGUUUCGUCAAGUGCAGAAUGUGAAGCUGCCCGAUACGCUCAACGCCAGCGCUACGAAUCGGACGCUUGAUGAGUGCAGCGACUGGUGCCGGAACAACUGUUCUUGCACUGCGUAUGCUGUGUUCGAACAAAGCAAGUGUGUGACAUGGUUUGGAGAUCUCAUCGACGUUAGAAUAUUUGCUGAUGGGGAAGAUGUGCUGCACGUUCGGCUUGCAGCUUCUGAAUUGGAAUUUCUAAAUGGUGACUCAGGCAAAAAGAAGACCAUGAAGAUUGUGUCCAUUACCUUACCAAUUGGCAUUCUUCUGUUAGUCUGUCUGUGUCUAGUUUUGUGGUUGAAGUGCAGAAGAAGAACACAAGGCAAAAGAAAGAGCUUCCAAUCCAAAAGAGAUGAAGAAGAUGAGCUGGAGUUACCGCUGUUCGACAUUCUUACCAUUAGAACAGCCACAAAUGACUUUUCCAAUGAAAACAUAAUCGGAGAAGGCGGAUUUGGCCCUGUUUACAAGGGCCAGUUGGAAGAUGGAGUGGAAAUUGCUGUCAAAAGGUUGUCAAAAGAUUCUGUGCAGGGCCUGCAUGAGUUCAAAACAGAGGUUAUGCUAAUUGCCAAACUUCAACACAAAAAUCUUGUUCGUCUGAUUGGCUGUUGCACCGAGGAGGAUGAACGGAUCCUGGUCUAUGAGUACUUGAAUAACAAGAGCUUGGAUGCUUUCAUUUUCGACAAAACUAGGGGAGGACUGUUGGAUUGGCAAAAGCGCCUUGAAAUUAUUACAGGAAUUGCUCGGGGACUUGUUUAUCUUCACCAUGAUUCAAGGUUGAAAAUUAUACACAGAGAUCUAAAGACAAGUAAUAUUCUGCUUGACAAUGAGAUGAACCCCAAAAUCUCAGACUUUGGCACGGCAAGAAUCUUCAACGUGGAUCAAAUCGAAGAAAACACUACCAGAGUAGUCGGGACAUAUGGAUACAUGUCACCAGAGUACGCGAUGGAAGGUAUAUUCUCGGAAAAGUCUGAUGUUUUCAGCUUUGGUGUCAUGGUGUUGGAAAUCUUAAGUGGAAAGAGGAUUAGAACUAUCAGUCCAUCGGAGCCUUGUAAAAAUCUUCUGCAACAUGCAUGGAGGCUAUGGAAGGAAGGCAGAUGCUUGGAGCUGGUUGAUGACGCCUUGGAAGAUUCCUAUUCCACUUCUAAAGUGACACGAUUCAUCCAAGUGGGACUUUUGUGUGUACAAGAAGGAAGUGAUGACAGGCCAACAAUGGAGGAUGUGUUUUUGAUGCUAAGCAGUGAGGAUGUGAUGCUGCCUCAACCCAGCCGCCCUGCUUUCUACACAGCAAGUGCUUUCCAAAAAGAUUGGACUUCCAUCAAUGUUAUCAGAAUAACAAAAAUAGAAGAAGGUAGAUGAAAUGAUGUUCUUCUCUAAGUAGUUUGAUAUCUGUAAUAGAUAUGAUAGUGUUGUAGUCAGGAAGAAUGUGAGCUAUUUCUUACUCAACAGUAUUACUGUCUCAGAUUGGUAUGAUAAGUGUGUCUCAGAUUGGUAUGUUCACAGCAAGAUAACCUCUCUCUCUCUCUCUCUCUCUCUCUCUCUCUAAGUCUGUCUGUGUAUGGAGAAACCUUCAUAAACCUGCAGUGACAUGAAAUUUAUGUACUUACUGGUUUGACAUGCA